AGGGCAGGCCUGGGCCAGUGGGUGACCCUGGGCCACCCUCCACUCAUCUGUGGGGUGAGGACUGAGCAGGACCUGACUCCUGAGGUAGAGGGAAGGACAGUCAAGCCCUCCAUGGUUAAGGGUCCACGGGGGGUGGACAUGCGUGCUGCUGCCCAGAACUCAGCCAAGGACACCUGUCGUCACCUCACGGGUGGUGCCUUCCUGACUGACGCUGGCGGGGAGCCCCGAUGAGCUGCUGACUUCUGCCCACCUGGGUCGCCAGGAGAAGCCUGCAAUGUCCCAGACAAGGGAUUAUGAAUGUGAGAGCCAUGACGCCGGCGCGCAGGAGCCCCGGGCUGCAGGGUCGAGCACGAGGCUGGAGUGGGUGGAGAUCAUCGAGCCACGCACCCGUGAGCGCAUGUACGCCAACCUGGUCACCGGUGAGUGUGUGUGGGACCCGCCCGCCGGCGUCCGUAUCAAGCGCACCAGCGAGAACCAGUGGUGGGAACUGUUUGACCCCAACACAUCCCGCUUCUACUACUACAACGCCAGCACCCAGCGCACCGUGUGGCACCGGCCGCAGGACUGCGACAUCAUCCCCCUCGCCAAGCUGCAGACCCUGAAGCAGAACACCGAGUCCCCCCGCGCCUCAGCGGAGAAUAGCCCCGGGAGGGCCAGCAGCGUCAGCCGUGAGGGCAGCACCAGCUCGUCCCUGGAGCCUGAGCUGGACGCUGGCGAGAAGGCACAGGAGCCUUUGGGGAGGGCCAGCCGGCAGGCCGCCUUUGGGGCUCUGAAGGAGGAGAGCGGCAGCUCUUCCCCACCAGGAGUGUUCCUCGAGAAGGACUAUGAGAUUUACCGGGAUUAUAAUGUGGACGGCCAGCUUCUUCACUACAGGACCUCCUCACUUCGGUGGAAUUCGGGCACUAAGGAGCGCAUGCUUAUCAAAGUUGCUGACCGGGAGCCCAGCUUCCUCUCCUCCCAGGGCAAUGGCUAUGCCCUAGACAGCCACGCCAGCAGCCGCUCCCGCAGACCCUCAGGUGGGCAACACUCGCCUAGCCUACAGACGUUCGCCCAGGACUCUGACGGCCCCAUCUUCUUUCCUGAACGGCGGCCUUCACCCUUCCUGAAGAGGGCUGAGCUAGGGAGUUGCUCCCCACUGCUGGCCCAGCCACGCAAGCCCACCAGUGACUCCCAGCCCUCCUCCCCACGCUACGCCUAUGAGCCCCCACUCUACGAGGAGCCCCCUGUGGAGUACCAGGCCCCCAUCUACGAUGAGCCCCCCAUGGACGUCCAGUACGAGGCUGGCGGGGGCUACCAGGCUGGCUCACCGCAGCGGUCUCCAGGCCGCAAGCCAGCCCCCUUCCCCCAGUCUCCCAAGCAGGGCUCCUCUUCGCCCUCCCAGCAGCUGGUGCUGACCAGGCAGAGGUGCCCAGACCGCUUCCUUAGCCUGGAGUACAGCCCCGCCGGCAAGGAGUACGUGCGGCAGCUUGUGUACGUGGAACAGGCAGGCUCCAGCCCCAAGCUGCGCGCCGGCCCGAGGCACAAGUACGCACCCGGUCCCGGAGGAGGCUCGCUCCCCCUGCAGCCCAGCCUCUGCCUGCUGCGGGACCAGCGCCUGGGGGUCUCCUCCGGGGACUACAGCAGCAUGGAGGGGCCCGAGCCGCGGCACACCCAGCCACCCAUGCAGGUGCCCCAGGCCCAGGAUGACAGUAUGUCCUGGUCCAGCCAGCAGGACACCAUGUCCUCAACCAGCUACUCCCCAGGCACACGCAAGAGGAAGAGCAGGAACCCUUCUCUGUGCCGCGCCCCCAGCACCUCGGCCACCGAAGGCGCCGGGGACCGCGACCUCCUCGGGGAGCAGCCCCUGGCCGAGGAGCGGCCUCUGUGCGGGCCCAGCCUGGCCCCCGUGAAGCGGGCAGAGGGCAAGACGGGCGAGGCCGAGCCUUUCCUGGCGCAGGCGCGGCUGGCCUGGGAGGCGCAGCAGGCCCACUUCCACAUGAAGCAGCGGGGCAGCUGGGACUCCCAGCAGGAUGGCUCAGGCUACGAGAGCGACGGCGCUGUGCCUCUGCCCAUGCCGGGGCCCGUGGUGCGUGCCUUCAGUGAGGACGAGGCUCUGGCCCAGCAGGAUGGCAAGCACUGGCAGAGGGGCGCCUUGGAGAGGCUGGCUUUCCCCCAAAUCCUGCUUGAGAAAAGCGUCUCCGUGCAGACCAACCUGGCCUCGCCAGAGCCCUACCUUCACCCCUCACAGUCCGAGGAUCUCGGCUCCUGUGCCCAGUUUGAGAGUAGCCGGCAGGCCCGCAGCGUCAUGCCCAGUGCCAGCUGUGUGUUCCCCCCCUUCACACUGCGCAAGCCAUCCUCAGAGACCGACAUCGAGAACUGGGCCUCCAAGCACUUCAACACGCACACCCAGGGCCUCUUCCGGCGGAAGGUGUCCAUCGCCAACAUGCUGGCCUGGAGCAGUGAGUCCAUCAAGAAGCCCAUGAUUGUGACCAGCGACCGCCACGUGAAGAAGGAGGCCUGUGAGAUCUUUAAACUGAUCCAGAUGUACAUGGGUGACCGGCGCGCCAAGGCCGACCCUCUGCACGUAGCCCUGGAGAUAGCCACCAAGGGCUGGAGCGUGCAGGGCCUGCGGGACGAGCUAUACAUCCAGCUGUGCCGGCAGACCACGGAGAACUUCCGCCUCGAGAGCCUGGCCCGCGGCUGGGAGCUCAUGGCCAUCUGCUUGGCCUUCUUCCCACCCACACCCAAGUUCCACUCUUACCUGGAGGGCUACAUCUACCGGCACAUGGACCCCGUCAAUGACACCAAAGUGACGCGGCAUAUGAAAGCGCUCCUGGAAAGGAACACUAAGAAGAAGUCCAAGUUGAGAAAGAAACCCAAGCCUUAUGUUGAGGAACCGGAUGGGGUGGCGAUAAGCACCUACGCCAAGUACUGUUACCACAAGCUACAGAAGGCAGCCCUGACUGGGGCCAAGAAGGGGCUGAAGAAGCCCAACGUGGAGGAAAUCAGGCAUGCCAAGAACGCUGUGUUCAGCCCGUCCAUGUUUGGCAGCGCCCUGCAGGAGGUCAUGAGCAUGCAGAAGGAGCGGUACCCGGAGCGGCAGCUGCCUUGGGUACAGACACGUCUGUCUGAGGAGGUGCUGGCACUCAACGGCGACCAGACAGAAGGCAUCUUCAGAGUCCCUGGGGACAUUGAUGAGGUGAAUGCCCUGAAGCUGCAGGUUGACCAGUGGAAGGUGCCCACCGGCCUGGAGGACCCCCACGUCCCUGCUUCGCUCCUGAAGCUGUGGUAUCGGGAGCUGGAGGAGCCCCUGAUCCCGCACGAGUUCUACGAGCAGUGCAUCGCGCACUACGAGAACCCCGAGGCCGCCGUGGCCGUGGUGCACGCGCUGCCGCGCAUCAACCGCCUGGUGCUGUGCUACCUCAUCCGCUUCCUUCAGGUGUUCGUGCAGCCCGCCAACGUGGCCGUCACCAAGAUGGACGUCAGCAACCUGGCCAUGGUGAUGGCGCCCAACUGCCUGCGCUGCCGAUCCGACGACCCGCGCGUCAUCUUCGAGAACACGCGCAAGGAGAUGUCGUUCCUCCGCGUGCUCAUCCAGCACCUGGACACCAGCUUCAUGGAGGGCGUGCUAUAGCGCGGGGAGGGGGCCCAAGGACCGAGGGUGGGGACAGAGCCGACGCUCGGGGGCGCCCGGGCAGAGGAGCACGCGGGGAGGGGGGAGGGAACGCCCUAGCCGCGGAGGCAGCAUGCCAGGCUCCGCCCAUGCCCGCCCCAGCCCUGGAACCCCCCCACCACCCUCUCCCCCCACCCCAGGCUCUGGGCCUGUGGACGCGGCCUGGCCAGAGGGCCCGUGGGAGGGGCGCCUCUGGGCCCCCUCCCGCCCCUGCCUAGUGGCCAGUUCCUUGGGCACCGCCCCGCCCACCGCCGGCCGGUCAGCCCCCAGAAAGUGCCUUCUGUUUCCUGGAGCCAAGCGACACUGCCCCUCCCGGCCGGUCUGAGAGCACACGCCCCCUCCCCCGCCCUCACCCCCCACACACCCCCACACACACCCCGCCCCGUGAGCUGCCUCGCAGGAGGCGGGGGCUCCUGCGCUAGGCCUAGUCCUGGCCUGGCCCCUGCCUGGCUGCCCGUCUAUCCUCUGCCCGGCACUUCCCCUCGGUCUCCUUCCUGGCCCGUAGCCUCCGACCCCCCCCCCCCGCACCCCGCACCCUGGCACCUGUGGCCUCCAUCGUCGAGAUUGCACAGGAAUUGGGGGUCCCAGGGCACUGGACUGUCCACCGGAGCAGGGCCCUGCAGGCUCUCUCUGGAUGGGGAGGGGCCCCCAAACCAAAGUCCCCUGGGGUGGGGGGCAGGGUUGUUGGGCAGGCAUUCUUGGGGCAGGGUGGGGGAGGGCCAAGAGUAUUUUUUCUUCGUGUAACUAUAAAUUCAGAUUCUAUCCGGCACACCAGUCCGCCUGUGUAUAAAGAUAUAGAGGAAAAGAUAGAACUAAAUUUGCUAAUGACAUAGUUUUAACCCAAAUGCUAUUUAUCUCUGAGCCGUCAUAGCCUGUCCUCUGUGCAGAGCAAGUUGGUAUCACUCCUUCAUUUUCUUCGCCACUUUCUUGGCUUCGACCAAAAACCAAGCCCUGCCCCAUACCCCUCUGGGACCUGCAGUGGAACAAAGGGAAGGAGCCCCAAGCUGGGGAAACUGGGAGCCCCCAGGAUUGCCCUUCCUCAAAGCCAGAGCUGGGGGUAGGAAGUACCUAGACUCUCAGUUUGUACAUUUUCCAUUUUGGAAUUUUGAGUUCCAAUUGUAAAACUUAAUUUCUCCCCAGUUUGUUUUAUAUAUAUAUAUAUAUAUAUA